UUUACUGCAAUGAAACCAAGCAUUCGAUUGCUUGACGUCACUUUGUGAUCUACAUCGAUGAAACGCUUGCUACCGCUUGAGACAUUAUUUUUGGUGGGAAUACAAGCGUCUAUUCAUAACCAAACGAUAAUUUGUCAACAAUGAGAUACUUUGUUUUAAAAUUUAAUUUUGCUUAAUUAUUUUCAUUUAAAAUGGCUCAUUUGGAUUUAAAUCGGAAUAAAAAACGAAACCUAAAAGGACAAUUUUCAAAAAACGUUCCAAAGAACAAUUUUAAUGUGGAUUCAAAUGAAAAUAAAAUUACAAACGACAAUCGGGAUUUACAAAAUGACCACUGUUAUUUUGAUGAUUUUGCUAUCGGAUCGUCAGUAAACGUGCCUUCAAUUGACAACAGCGUCAGCGAUGCCAGUUGGAAAGUUGGUAGACGUGUCGUUGAACUGGAAACAUUGGCCGAAUCCCUUUCAGGAUGCAGUUCUUGUCAAGUGCCUAUAAAUUUACUGAAUACCGUAGGAAGCAGGGAUUUUGGACUAGCAUGUGUUUUGGACAUACUGUGCUGCAAUUGUGGGGCGAUAAAUAAUGUAGCGACUGGACGGAAACAUGGCAGAGUUUAUGACAUGAACACAAAGCUUGCAUUGGCCAUGGUUCAUGCUGGUGUUGGGGUCAGACAAAUAAACGGUAUUUUGUCUACUUUAAACAUACCCGCUGUCAACCACACCAUGCUCAUCAGAAGACAAAACGAGGCUGGACAAGCUGUCGAAGAGGUGGCAAAGUCAAGUGCCGAUACAUUCUUGCAAGAAGAAGUGCAUUUGAAUGAAAUGCCUAACAAUGAGAUUGAUGUCAGUGUGGAUGCAGGAUGGCAGAAAAGAGGCAGUGAAAGGGCGUAUGAUAGUUUAUCAGGACACUGCUCAAUGGUCGGCACGAAGACUGGCAAGGUCUUGGCAUAUGCAGUCCGUAGCAAAACCUGCAGAGUAUGCAGUCAGCAUAAGAAAAAAGGUAAUGACCCAUGCAAACUACACGAUUGUAGAAAAAAUUGGAGUGGUUCAGCAAAGGCCAUGGAACCAGACAUGGUCACUGAAAUGAUCAUUGAAACUGCCAAAAAAGGUGUUAAGGUUACAGGGAUAGUGGGUGAUGAUGAAACUACAACAGCAGCAAGACUGAAAACCAAUGUUCCCCAUAUGGUAGAGAAAAGAUCUGACAAAAAUCAUGUGAAAAAAAAACUGGCCUAUUGUCUGUAUGGCAUGCAAAAGAACUUUCCAACUUUAAGCACAAAAAUUAUCAACUAUUUACUUAAAUUAUUUAACUACAAUAUAUCACAGAAUAAACAAAACCCUGUCGGCAUUUCACGUGGUAUGGAUGCUGUUGUUGGACACGUGUUUGGUGAUCAUUCUUUCUUUGAUGACACAUGGUGCAGGUUUAUUCAUAACAGCUCUGCUAAAUAUUCCUCCAUACCCUAUGGAAGACCACUGACCAACCUUUCACUGAAGGCGGCAUUGCUUGAUGUUUUUGGUGCUUAUAAAAAAAUAGGUAGUACUCAAGCCAACGAGAGUCUCAACAAGUCCAUAGCCAGGAAAGCUCCCAAACAGCUUCAUCUUUCUGGGUCAGCUAAUUUGAAUUUUGAAUGA